CUUCGAAGAGAAAUCAAAUCAAACGAGAAGAAGGACAAAAGAUGAAGAAGACUAUACAAUUAACAGAAACUUCAAAUCGUUGAUGCAGAACCUCUAAUAACUGAGAGAGCGUUGUCCUCGUUGGAGCGGUGGUGGUUGUUGUUGAUAUCCAUGGCGGAAGAUUGAGAAACUAAGAAAUAAUCUCUUAGUUUCAUCAAUGGCAGAGGAGAGGAGAACAAACCAAUUGCAAGGACGAGCCGGAGACGGUGGGCGGCGAGAUCGGCGAGGUGAGCUCUGGUUUGUUGGGAGGAGAGAAUCGGAGCUUCCACUAAACGACAACAACAACGAUAAUGAUACUCUUCUUCUUCCUCCGUUCUCCGCCGUUAAACCUUUCCUCCUCCUCUGUACCUCCGUCGCGUUAUCGUUUUCUUUAUUCGCCGCUUCUCCUUCUUCGGCGUUUGUAGUCAGUACUCCGAGGAAACUUCAAACUGAUGAACUCGCCACUGUUCGUUUGUUUCAAGAGAAUACUCCUUCCGUUGUUUACAUCACUAAUCUCGCCGUCAGGCAGGACGCGUUUACAUUGGAUGUUCUUGAGGUACCACAAGGCUCUGGUUCAGGAUUUGUGUGGGAUAAGCAAGGUCACAUUGUUACCAAUUAUCAUGUUAUUCGUGGUGCUUCUGAUCUCAGGGUGACUCUUGCUGAUCAAACAACAUUUGAUGCAAAAGUUGUUGGAUUUGACCAAGAUAAGGAUGUUGCGGUUCUUCGUAUUGAUGCACCGAAAAACAAGUUAAGACCUAUACCGGUUGGAGUCUCUGCGGAUCUUCUUGUUGGCCAGAAAGUCUUUGCCAUUGGCAAUCCUUUUGGACUUGAUCAUACUCUUACAACUGGUGUUAUUAGUGGUUUGCGAAGAGAAAUUAGUUCAGCUGCAACUGGUCGUCCAAUUCAAGAUGUGAUACAGACAGAUGCUGCUAUUAACCCUGGUAACAGCGGAGGUCCUCUUCUAGAUAGCUCAGGAACGCUAAUUGGUAUAAACACAGCCAUUUAUUCUCCUUCUGGUGCAUCUUCUGGAGUGGGCUUUUCGAUCCCAGUUGACACCGUUGGUGGUAUCGUUGAUCAGUUGGUGAGAUUUGGUAAAGUCACAAGACCAAUCUUAGGUAUCAAAUUCGCGCCGGACCAAUCUGUUGAACAAUUGGGAGUGAGUGGCGUGCUCGUCUUGGAUGCUCCUCCAAGUGGUCCAGCCGGGAAAGCCGGACUUCAGUCAACAAAACGUGAUGGUUAUGGGAGACUAAUACUAGGAGACAUAAUCACGUCAGUGAACGGUACAAAAGUCUCUAACGGGAGUGAUCUGUACCGGAUUCUCGAUCAAUGCAAAGUCGGCGAUGAGGUGACCGUAGAGGUUCUAAGAGGCGAUCACAAGGAGAAAAUCUCUGUAACUCUCGAACCAAAGCCGGACGAGUCUUAGAAACGUCGUUGAAAGAAGUAAAUAUAUAACGUGUAG